UGAAAUUUGAAGAUAUUAAUUUUUCAGAUUUCAUAAUUUCGCUUAUGCUGGGAUUAUUCAAACAAUGAGAGAUUUGUUUGAUUGGACGAUAAAGUUGACUGGAGCAGUUGCUGUCUCCAGUCUUGUUUACCAAACCUACCUCUUUUACUCCCGUAGAAGGGAGGAAGAGGAGAUAAAUGAGGUGCUCUUCUUUCCUGUGGAUACCACCAAAACAUUUAAUCAAGAUUUUGUAGAGAAUUUUUUUCAGGGAGGUGGAGUGGUAAUUAAUUCUGAUUCCAACCUGGCCAAGGUUCUAGGUUACGUCAGGAAUGCGAAGGUAUCUGUAGAUGUUUGCCUGUAUAUAUUUACCUGUCCUGAGUUUGGUAAUGUCCUGGUGAGCUGCAUGAGGCGAGGAAUCAUUAUCCGAGUUAUUGUGGAUUUUGUCAGUAUUCAGGAGAAUGGACGUGAGGUGAACAGGCUGAGGAUGCUGGGUGUCCCUGUGAGAGGAAGGAAGCAAGAGCACCACAUGCAUCACAAGUUCGUCAUCAUAGACUCAUCCAUCCUCCUCAACGGGUCCUUCAACUGGACCCAGACCGCUGUGACAGGGAACAACGAGAACGUGAUCAUCACCAGCAACAAGCACGUGGUUGCAGAGUUUGUGAACGAGUUUUCAAAACUUUGGAAGAUUCACAAUAAAAUCUAAUUGUUUUCUUUAAUUUUGGAUAUGUGGUUAAAAACGUGUCUGAUCUUGCAUUGGGCUGUGACCAACAAUCAUUCUAUAAGAUUUUAAAAGAUCCAUCUAUUCUAGAUUUUGCAUCUUUCGAAUCCUUGCAUCUUUUUGCCAUGUAAAUAAAUGAGGUGUAUUAUAAGAUAUAAUUAUCGUCUUUCAAUAAGGUAAAAGAUCUUCCAGUUUUACAAUCCAUAUGCUAUUGUGAUUUUAAAAUUUGAUUGAGAUAUGAUAUUAUUAAUAGCGCUGUCACUAGAUGUCGUCUUCCCGAUUCUACACAUAGUAUCAUUGUAAUGUAUUUUUGAUAUUUUUAAAAUAAUAUUUUUUCUUGUCCAGCUAGACUUCUAUUUAUUGUGUUGAAAAUACUUGCGUUAAUACGAUUACGUAGUGCUGUGACAAAUGUCGUCUUCCAAGAAUUGUUAAAAUUGAACAUUUAUUAAAGAAUUUGAGCAAACAUGUUGAAAAUUUGUAUUUUUUUGUAUCUCGUGAUUGGCAAGACUGGCUAAGAUUGUCUAUAAUCCCCCGGGGCAGGAGAAUUUAUUGGAUAGAUUUAUUGAUCAAACAUUUUUCAGA